CACACAAGUAGCAUGAAGCCGGGCCCUGCAUUUUCGCUACAGAAGAGGAUGUUUCAAACUCUCAAAAUAAGGUGGAGGAUAAAACUUUGGCAAGCAUUAUAGAACUUUAUCUUGAGAAAGAAGAAGGAGAAGAAAAAUAAGCUUUAUAGGAAACUUUUUUUUUGUGAAGCAGGAUCCUAAGGGAGUAUUCGGCAAAGGGAUUUUGUUGGGGAAGAGCUGUGAGUCUCUCUUUUCCUUAGUCUUUGAUGACGCUAUCUGAGAAUGGGCUAGUCUUGCAUUGCCUGUCGGUCUAGCCUGAAAUAGUGGAUCAGCAGCAGGCGACAUUAUCCAAGAUGACAGUGUACAUCCUAAACCUACGGGUCUUCUGGCCUCUGGUCACCUGCCUCUGCACUGCCAUGCUUUUUUUCCACCAGACUAUACUAAAGGGCCAGGAAUCAAACCCAGAUAGGUGCUCUGAAAAGGGCACUGGAACCCUCUCCCUUCUCAAAUUUGCCCUGCCUAUUCUCCUCUGCUACCUCCUUAUCAAGUACUGCUCAUCCCCUCAGGGGAGGAGGAGAGGAAGGGAGAGGGAGCUCCCAGAGAUUCCCCACAGACAGGGCCCAACCAGGAGAGAGCUACUGGAGAGCUAUUAUGAGAGGCAGGUUCGACUGUCUCCCCAUGUUUUGGGCCACAGCAAAGCCAACGUGGCCAAGCUGGUGAGUGAGCUAGUGAGGGCCGGGAGGCCUGCGAUACCUCCAGAAUCCACACUGGCUUUCCGGGGCGACUUCGUUCAGAUUGGCAGUGCCUAUGAGGAACACAAAGUGAGUAGCCCCGACUGUUUCGAUAUUCUAGUGCCCCUCCGUCUACCCAGGGGCCUCAAACUGGAUUCACGGUGCAGCCCAAUGGGAGAAGGGGUACUAGGUGGGGGGUCCCCACUCUGCAGUCUGGAGACCCCCAAAAAAUCAGAGUGGGCACAGCAACACCAGACCUUUGUGGAAAGCUUCCUAAGCGAGGAGGGGAGAGUAGAUGCUUACUGGCUGUCCCCGGCGCCAGUCCUGCGCUGGUUUUACCCCACAGUGCAACGCUGCCUGGGUGCCAUCCGCUACCCCUUCGAGCAGCGCUGCUACAUCACUCUGUCUCUCACCGAGGAUCGCGUGCUCCUGCGCCUUAACCCACGCUCCGACUACGUCUGCUGCCACAUCUCCAUGGGCAUCCGCCUCAUCCCAGCCCUCCACCUCGGAGACGGAGCUUACCUGGUCGCCCAGCCCAAAACAGAAGUAGAAGGGGGGAAGCAGGGGGCCUUGUGGACAGUCUACUUCCCCAAGCAGGAACAAAAGCUCCUGGGCUGGCUCAAGGGCAGAUUGCCGGCCAACUCGUGCCACCUCAAAUGCCUGCAGAUCCUGAAGGCGGUGAGGGAGCUGAGUGGCCAGGUGAUGGACAGUAAAGGUGCAGCCGACUGGAGAGCGGUGCUCUCCUCCUAUGCCAUCAAGACGGCUUGGCUCCGGCUGCUGCUUACCUCUGCACCAGAAUCCUGGGAGGAAUGCCACCUUGUGGAGAGAAUGGAGGACCUGCUACGCUGCCUACACGACGCCCUGCACAGCCGACAGCUCGGCCACCUCUUCCUGGGAGGUCAUCCCAGCCUGUUACCUGAUUUCCUGUCCCUGCCUAAGCCCCUUAAAGAAGCCCCUCCGUCUAACCUGAUGGCAGGUUUCGACCCAUCUUCUUUGGACCUUGUCUCUGCCCGGCUUGCCUACUCCUGGAUGCACCUACAUAGGCUUAUCAGACUGGGCAGGUCACAACGGGACAGUGUAGGGAGGGGGAUGAGGUGUAAACAUCUGGAGUCCAAAUAACCGUUCAACUCUCCAUCUCUUGCAAAAGAAGUGGUACCCUCUCUUAAUCAGGUCAGAUUGGACAGUUUGUUUUUGGAAAUCAUUUUUUUUCCACAUCCUGCACAAAAGUCUGGUAAAGUGUUACGUGUUUCUUAAGUGAGUUAUUUGGAGGCCAAGCUCCUGGUUCUGUAUUUGAUUGCCCGAUCACCUGCAAACAAUUAGAACUCCAUGCCCAGAAUGGCAGUGUAACUGAAAUUGUGUUAAUUUUUAUGAAAAUAAUUAGAAUUUGUGGGGAGGGAGGGGAUGAAAACAGGAUAUUUUAUAGCUCUGCAUUUUUUGGAGGAACAUCCUGACUGCGAAUCAGCUUGUGAUACAGCUCAGUGUUACGAAAACAGAAAUAAAGGGGCAAAGACACUUUAGAUGUUAUCUGCUAUCACUUUACAAAAAUCAUGCAAAUUGCUUCAGUCGUGAGUACUAGUAGUGCGCUGGUGUGUCUCAGCUUUAGCACAGCACUAAGAGGGCAUACAUCACCACUGGUAGCACCCCAUAUAAAAACACACCAUGCCGAAUUUGGACAAUCAUUUUCAGUUUCUAAGCUUUUAUGUGCAAAGCCUACUAGAUGGUUUCAUUUCAGAAUACAAUUAGAACUCCAGUAGGUGGGAACAUAUUUUCUAGGUGGAAGUAAAUAAAAAGGGUUAAUGCAGUAACCUGGUUAAGCAUAGGAAAGUGUAGCAACGCAUAGUGACAGCAUUCUACCAGUUUAAGAGUUUAGACUACGACCAAAGCUCUCUGCACCAGCCUGCUUCUGCAAUAUAAGAAUGUGAUUGUAUGAGUAAAAUCCUGUCUUCAAAUGAAUGAUUUGAGUGUGUGUGAGAAAGAGGAACAUCAGCACGACUUCCUCUUUUUUAUGUUUACCUGAUGAAAAACAAGGGCAGUUUGUUAAACAGCAAUAAAAACUCAGCAUAGUACAGCUACAAUAAACAACAUAGCAUAGAUUGGGCUGAAAGACAAGUGAGUUAGCGUUUCCUUAAAACAUUUAGUGAACAACAAUAAGUUGCGACCUGACCGUUUACAAGCUCUCCAGCAGAGGUCAAGAACACACUGUGAAGACUAGAAAUAGAGCACUGUUUCCUGUCCACAGGCCAGAGCAGUUUUAAAAACAAACCUUAUGCAUCUUGUUACAAACAAACCCCUUCUCAAUUCUGCUGAAUUAUAAUAUUAUUAUGCCCCUCGCUGCUUUAUCACAUUUGGUGAUACAAGGGCAGUCUUCGUGAUUCUGCUUCAGUCAACACAGCACUCCACCAUGUCUUGUCAUAGAGCAUCACCUUGGAAUCUUCAAAUUCAGUUACCAUGGAGACAGUGUCUGCCAUCUGAAGUCACUGUCUCCUUUUCAAAUUGGAUGAUAAAUUGAUCGCCAUGUAUAAAUAACUGUCAGAUUUCAAGACGCAUGUCUCUUGAUUAGGAGUAAAACUGAAGAAUAAUUCUGACUAAAGGACUGUGGAGAUCAGCUCUGAAAACCAAAUAUCAAAGGUCUAGUCUUUUUUCUGAGUUGAUCCCAGCAUGUUCAAUCAUCAAUCCUGAUUAUAAGAAAAUGACAUUGUAUUUAUACAUUCAAAGCAAUUCAAUCUAAAUAGAAAUCAGCUCCCUCUGUAAUACUAGCCAGCACAGAAUAAUAAUAUUACAGUUUUGUCAAAAAUGCAGGUUAAAAGUAUUUUUUUGCAGCUAUUCGACUAAAGAGGUUUAGGGAAACAAGUUGAGCUGGCCAGGAUAAUACAGAUCCAUCCAAAAGCAUUGCACCUAAAUAAAACACACCAAAAAGAAACAUGAAGGACACGAUAACUGUGUUAACAUUAUUUUAUUUAAAAGUUUAUUGGAUUUGAAUGUUUCCAGCUCUCAACAGAAAAGGGUCUGUAGACGAUCAUUCACUUUUUCCUUUUGGAUGGAGCAGUUUCCUGCCUGCAGUUUGAAGCAGCCCAUUGUGUUAGCUAUGAAGUGUAGCUGCAGUGGAAUAUCUGAUACAAUCGUAAGAGAGCAGCUCUGAGGGAACUACGUUAACUGUUGCACUGCCAAAUUGGGACUUCCAGACAUACAAGAUUGUUUUUGUGCAGUCUUUGAAUGACUAUUAAAAUAAUGCCAGUAAUAAGUUUAAUGGUAGUUUAAUGCCCUGUGGGGCAAAAGUGAAAAUUGAUGUUUGCACACCCUAAAAAGCUGCAAUAUUUCACUCAACCUUGAAAAUGUAGACAGUUCAAAUGUUUUAGCCAUAACAACCCGCUUCUUGUGAUCUGUGUAACUUUGCCAAAGUGUAAUGGCAUAAUGUGCCUAUUAAAAUGGAAGUGUUAUUAAUGUAUGGAUAUGACUUGAACUCCUAACUGUAAAAGGAAAAGAGAAGCUGCUCUAUACAGGGACAAGAUAGAUGGGCACUCCCUAAAUAUACAAGGGUUAUAAUAGAGGAUAAAAAUGGAAUUUCCUUAGUACAGCAAAGAUUGCCUAUUGAAGUACAGAAGGAGCUGCCUACUGUGGGCGUUUAAAGGCACUUCUUGGGGUCUUAUAAACAGCAGUGGGAUUAAUCCAUCUCUUUGUCAAUAGAAGCCUACAUUGCAAAAAGACAAAAGGGUUCUCAAAAAUUACAAUGUAUUUUUGUAUAAUCCAGUGGUACAUAGCGUAUUACUGCUGCUGUAAAUACAAAUGAGUAGCUACUUAAUAUUGGUGUAUUUGAGUUUAUAAAGGAAUGAGCAAGUGCAGUUCUGACACAUUUCUCAACUCUUUUAGAGGGUAUUGUACAAUACUGUAAGUGUCUGUCUCUCUCUAAGCAAGAGUGAGUCAGUAAGUCUGACACACAGACACAAGGUAUUUUAUUUAUUUAAUAAAUUAUUUUCAACAAGGAAAAUAUACGCGGGAUUGCUCCGCAGUGCAAUAUGUACAGUAUUAAGAAUCAGGGACAAUCUCAACAAGUAACAUAUUAUCAAAGAAAGCUCAUUUACUGUGGAAAAUGUCUAAAGCAAAAUAAGCAUGGCAUUGUAAUACUUGUUAUCCAGGCAUGUAUAUUACAAAGGAGACUAGUUAGAAAAUACAUAAUGGGUCAUUGAAGAAAAAACGAAAUGUAGCGGUUCUGAGAUAAUUAUCUUGUGAUCUCAACAACACACCCCCCCCCCCCCCCCCCCCCCCC